CACAGCUGAUUUCUAGAUUUCAUUUAUCUGCGGCGUGCAAGCCUACUCACUGGUUACGAUAAAAAAGCCCGAAGAGUCAUCGGUGGAAAACUUCGCUUGGACUUUUGAAACUUCUGUCAGUUCUUGCGUGAAGAAACGAAUUAAACUGACUGCUCCAGCCUCACUAAGAUACGCCUUUUGCAAGCUCCUAGCAGAGCUUAAGGAUUUCAGAGCAUCUGUGGUGCAUUUCUUCAAGAUAUCUUUAUUACAUCUGGUGGUGCCCGUGCAUUUUUUCGCAUGAAUCUACUCGAUCCAUACCUGAAAAUGACCGACGAGCAGGACAAGUGUCAUUCUGACGCCCCAAGUCCAAGCAUGUCCGAAGACUCAGCCGGAUCCCCGUGUCCAUCUGGAUCAGGCUCCGACGCUGAAAAUACAAGACCAUCCGACAAUCAUUUAAUGAGACCAGACGGUCCACUUGGAGACUUCAAGAAAGAUGAGGAAGACAAAUUUCCCGUCUGUAUAAGGGAAGCGGUCUCGCAAGUGCUGAAAGGUUACGACUGGACCCUGGUCCCCAUGCCUGUCAGAGUGAAUGGAUCCAGCAAAAACAAACCUCAUGUCAAACGGCCGAUGAAUGCUUUCAUGGUGUGGGCUCAAGCAGCCAGGAGGAAAUUGGCUGAUCAGUACCCGCAUCUGCACAACGCAGAACUCAGCAAAACUCUCGGGAAGCUAUGGAGACUACUCAACGAAGUAGAAAAGCGUCCGUUUGUGGAAGAGGCCGAACGUUUACGCGUGCAGCACAAGAAAGAUCACCCUGACUACAAAUACCAACCGAGACGAAGAAAGUCUGUGAAAAACGGACAGGCCGAUCCUGAGGACGGCGAGCAAACCCACAUCUCUCCUAAUGCCAUAUUCAAAGCUCUGCAGCAAGCCGACUCUCCCGCAUCCAGCAUGGGCGAGGUACAUUCUCCUGGUGACCAUUCAGGCCAGUCCCAGGGUCCUCCAACACCUCCUACAACCCCUAAAACAGACCUCCCAUCCAGCAAAGCUGACUUGAAGCGUGAGGGUCGUCCCUUGCAAGAGGGCACAGGCAAGCAGCUCAACAUAGACUUCCGGGAAGUUGACAUUGGGGAGCUGAGCAGUGACGUCAUCUCAAACAUGGAGCCUUUUGACGUGAAUGAGUUUGACCAGUACCUGCCACCUCACGGCCACCCGGGUGUCCCAGUUGCCAAUCCUGUUCAGGCUUACUCUGGCAACUACAGCCUGAGCAACUCGUCCGUAAACCAGGCACCAGGGGCUGCAGGGCAUGGCUGGAUGUCCAAGCAACAGCAGCAACCACAGCAACAGCAGCAGCAGCAGCAGCAGCAGCACUCUCUGACCACACUAGGUAGUGGUGGGGAGCAGAGCCAAGGUCAACAGAGAACCACCCAGAUAAAAACAGAGCAGCUCAGCCCGAACCACUACAGCGAGCAGCAGGGUUCGCCUCAGCACAUCACCUACGGUUCCUUCAAUCUGCAGCACUACAGCGCUUCCUCUUACCCUUCAAUUGCCCGCACACAGUAUGACUAUCCUGACCACCAGGGCGGCGCCAACUCCUACUAUAGCCAUGCCACUGGCCAGAGCUCCGGUCUCUACUCCACCUUUAGCUACAUGAGUCCCACCCAGAGGCCCAUGUACACCCCCAUUGCUGAUACAGCUGGGGUGCCCUCCAUUCCCCAGACCCACAGUCCACAGCACUGGGAACAACAGCCUGUCUACACCCAGCUUUCCAGGCCUUAGAAUGGGAGGGGGGAGCUUAUAGCACAGACUGUUUUAACACACCCAAGUUAGCCAGAGAAACUCGCACUCUGACAGGCCUGCGGGCCAAUGCACCACGUACAUAGCCAACAGAAAAAAAAAAAAAUAUGACAAGAACUGGACUUUUUAAAAGUACUGAAAAUAUUGGAAUGGCUCACAACAGUGCCUUUUAAAUGCCUGGAGUUGUGAUUAUAUUUUUCUAGAUAUAAUGAAAAGAAAACUCAUUUGAAGAGAAGAAUCCUCUGUGAGGACAU